CAUCGUGCCAAUUUAACGCAAUACAAAAAUACCGAUAAAACCAUCAUUCCGACAUAAUCAAAUUCUCAAUGACUUCUGGCAUAAGUAAAUUCGCUUCCGAUCCAGCUAGAGUGGCAGCAUGGGCAACGCGGUGAGUUGGCUGGCGCAAUGCUUUUACCCGGAGGACCAGUUGUUCUGGGCAGCCGCGCGCUACGGUGACGCUCGCAUCAUUCGCUCGGCCACGUCGCGCCUCACACUCGAGACGCGCAAGUAUCUAGAGUGGCAAGAACCGUACACGGGUCGCACAGCGCUACUGGAGGCUGCUGCCAAAGGCCAUUGCGAAUGUGCUCGACUACUGGUCGAGGCUGGGGCCAACUGCAAUGCAAAAGACUUCAAGAUGAACACGCCACUACAUCUUGCAUGCAAACGAGCACAGCCUGAUAUGGUCAAGUUCCUGCUGGAAGUGCCGGCGGUGAACCCGUUCGAGAUCAAUCUGUACAUGAAGACCCCGCUGGACUUUGCCAGGAGCAGAUUCGCAGACGAAGAGGAAGAAAAGGAAGCUCAACCAUACGCCAAGUGCAUCGAAAUGUUGGAAAAGAAAUUCUGUCUGUACAGUGGCUGGCUGUACACGAAGACCGACAAUGUGCUGUCGCUGGUGUCAGGCAUUACGUCAUUAAAUUCGUGGACGCGACGCUUGUGCAUCGUAUUGGAACGUGGGGAACCUGAUGUACUAGAGUUGGCUCUUUUCAGCAUGAAAGAAGGUGGCGGAGUGCGUCCUGUGUGCCCAACGUCAGUCAUGUUGUACAAUGUUGCAGCUGGAAUGGAGGCCUCUAGUGAUCCGAGAUGGUUCAGCCGCAAAGACUUCACGUUUAUUGUACGUGGCGAUCAGCUAAGCAAGUGUCACUACAGAGCAAGCUCCGCUCUUCAGAAUCCCGUGCACUUUGCUGCAAUCAACCAGCAGAGUUUUGAUGCGUGGAAGGACUUCUUUACUCACCAGCAACAGCAAUUCGCUGAGCGAUCCCACCGGAACAGCAAUCUUCGUGAACAGUGGAGGUUGCCCGAGGCCAGUCACGAUAAUAUAGCUGGAUGGAAUCCUCAGUCUGCGACGCCGUCAACCUUAUCCCCAGAUGAAGACGAAGAUAUUCGCAAAGCCCUUGAGCUUUCUCUUCAAACGGCAAGAUGCGCUAGUGACGCAACACGCUCUCCGGUGCUGCCAGUAUCAGCUCCGGACUGGGAUGAUUGGGAAGAAUGCGAGUCGAGCGAUAAGCAGAUGUCUCCCGUGGCUGCUACGGAAACGAGAGAGCAAGAGAGUGCGUUGAUGCCGUCAGCCUCCGAGCAAAAGCCACCUGCAGUCAACUACGGAGAUACAACUGCACAUUCAUCUAUCGGCGAGUGCGUGAUCUGCUUUGACGGCCCGCAGUCUGCUGUAUGUGUGCCCUGUGGCCACAAUGCUGUCUGCAUGAAGUGUGCUGAGGAGAUACUCACCACCACCGCGGAAUGCCCCGUAUGCAGGACACCCAUUCGCGAACUAAUCAAGCUUUACCGUGUUUGACUGCAUCGAGCACACAUGGACUUCUGUAGCAACAUCUUGCCAAAAAAUAAUUAAUGUAUUUCAAACUUCUUGCGCU